AUGAGAAUCAAGAUGCCAGCUGUACGCAUCGCGCAAGCGGAUGCGGACAGCGCGGCAGAAGGCGGUGGUUCGCCCACGCCCGGUGUUACCGACACGCUCACGUGUGGAGCUUGUCGAAGGGCCUUCGCGUUGGCAGACAUUGUGCGGUUCAUCCAGCACAAAGUCUCCUCUUGCGACAAGGAUCUAACAUCAUAUCACUGUUAUAGUGCCGGUCCCAACUCUGAUCAAGAAGAUGGAUCACGGCCCGGACAGGUGGCGAGUACAAACUCUAGUGGUCGAAGGCCAUCACUUCUCACAGCAAGGCGGCCACCGAGUACCAGGGUACAUACUCCGCCCCUCGCUAGUCCCUCGAUAGCUCCACCAGACCUGCUUGAAGAUGGUGGCGCGUCAAGCACGCCUAAACGACUAUUGGAUGAAGCUGAUGCUGGGGCAUCAACGCCAAAACGGAGGGCUUCUACAUCACCGAUGCCCUCAAGCUCCCCUGACGAAGACAUUAAACCUAAAAUAAAACAAGAACAUAUGGAUACCACAGCAUCUCCUGAGGAUCACAAGAAAUCAAGAACUGAAGUAGCAGACGCAGAAUCUAACACAAUGCAUAGUGAACCGAGUAACUACGUCUGCUCUACGUGCAAAGCGCGCGUGCAUUCAGCCUGGCGAUUGGUACAACACGUUCAACACGUGCACGGUGUAAAAAUUUAUGUGGAAAGCAUGCCCCAGCAGCUUCCAAAUAAACAGAAUCAUUCUUCCUCGAGUACUUCUUCAUCGAGCUCAGGCUGUUCUUCUACUAGUGCACCUCUACCACCACCAUCAUUACGCCACCACCCAUUACUUCCACCGCCAGAUAUGCAUUCCCCUUUUGGGGUUGGUGGCUUACUACGUAUGCCACUUCCGGGUAGCUUACCUCCUUUAGCUCAUCCGUCAGUACCACCAACUCCACUAUUUGCAAGGCCAAAUCAUCAUGACCAUAGAUUUAGAAUGGAGCAACUUGUAUCAGAACAGUUUCGCCAUCAUGGCCUGAACUUAGCAGCAGCAGCAGCCGCUGUGGCAGCAAAUUCUUUGCCUCCACAUCAGGCAUUUCCAUCUCCAGCGGAUCGACCACCCGUAGUUCCAACUUCAUUAUCAGGUCGGGAGAGACCACCUGUAUCCCAGCCUCUUUCAUUGGAACCCCAGCUGGAUUUUUACUCGCAGCGCUUGCGGCAACUGGCAGGUACGACCAGUCCAGGGGCGGCCACAGGCAAUUCGAGCUCUCCUAGCCCCAGGAAGCAUUCGCCUCCGUUCGCUUCCCCGUCGCCCUCGCGAGUCGGCCAGACUCCACCCGCGGGCGCCGGACCCGGAACGGUGGACACCCCUCGUGAAGCCAUAAGGCCUCAUAGUUCAAUAUCCCCUGAACGUCGUAUUGAACCUCAGACGGCUGAUGCACCCCCUGAACGCCCUUCAUCUACACCACCAAAAAGAAACAAUGAAGAAGCGACACACCCUUGUGAAUUUUGCGGUAAGAAAUUCCGUUUUGAAAACAGUUUAGUAGUACAUCGUCGCUCUCAUACUGGAGAAAAGCGUUUUAAAUGUAACCAAUGUGAUGAAGCAUUUGAGAAAAAUUCUAAGUUAAAAAAGCACAUGAAAAUACAUCGAGGUCCUGAUGCAAAUACCGAAGAAGGUGAAUCCGGUGGCGAUACUGGUGAAGAUGAAUCUGAAGAUGAAUUGGAAGAUGAAGAAUUGGAUGGUGAAGAAGAGGAGGAAAAUGAAGAUGGAGAAGAAGUCGAGGAAGCUGAAGACUUAACAGUUUCUAAUAGUAGCGUACCUAGCGCUCCACUCCGGAAACAAACUCCGGCAAUACCAGCUCAUCCUCCUACAGCGUCAGUUGUCGGUGAGCUAAUGGAUAAGUUUGGUUUGUCCAACAUUGCUCAAUACAGUGAGGCUUUUAAGCAAGCGUUACAAGAAUCUGGCAAUUCGCUUAAAUGGCAGUUAGCAAAAGACCGUGAUAAUAAUAACGGUCCGCCUUCCGACAAACCAAAUGGCAUGCCACCUACUGCUGCUUUACGCUUAAAAGAAGAGUUCGCUAAGAUGCCGCCUCAGCCGCAUCCGCUUUUCAAUCCAUUCGAAAACCCUUUCGAAGCGUCAAAACGAAUGAAGCUUGAUAUGGAAAGAGGCGAAGGUUGGUGGCUACCGACUUUACAUGCACAGAGACCACCUGAUAACAUUUUUGACGGACUAAAGAACAGCAGCAACGGAUUGCUACAGAACCCUUUAUUAAAAACGAAGGACGGACGCCGAAAUGACACAUGCGAAUUCUGUGGCAAAGUUUUUAAGAAUUGCUCAAAUUUGACGGUCCAUCGGCGCUCACAUACAGGCGAGAAACCGUACAAAUGCGAAUUAUGUUCCUACGCGUGUGCUCAGAGUUCUAAACUAACGAGGCAUAUGAAGACGCACGGACGACUUGGAAAAGAUGUAUAUCGCUGUCGUUUUUGUGAAAUGCCAUUUUCAGUGCCGUCAACGCUAGAAAAACAUAUGCGUAAAUGUGUUGUGAAUCAAAGUAAUGGUGCUCUUGCUUUAUCCGAUGACUCUAACGCGUGUCGUGAUGAGGCAUCG